AAUCAGCUGCUAGAUAUCAUGGUAAUGUUUCCCUUAACUUUUCCCUCAACCAAUCUGAAGCUAACUUCAGCGUCGUCUCAUUGCUUUAAAGUUGCAUUUUAUUAGCCUGAUGUACACACUGCUAUUUAGCUAGCUAUUGUGGACCUGCAUAACAGCUAAGUUAACUUCACGUCAUAUUUCACACUUAAAAACGGCGGUAGGUCAUUGUUUCCAAUUAAAUAUAUAUGCUCACUGGACAUAUAAUCGUACAUUAGGCGUUACUUUAAUGUCUGACAUUAAUAACACAAACACAAUGACAGCAUCACUGCUGACUAUAGUUAAUGCAGAUUAAUUUGACAUUAGAAACUCAUUAAUUUAGCUAUCAUUGAACAACAUAAAGUUUAGGCCUUAAAAGGUGAGGGCUUUUUCAAGGGUUGAAAAAGUAAUAUUUUACAUGAAGUUGCUAGUAUUUUACAGUAUCAUGUGUGACUUUUAAUGAAAGUCAAUGUAGUUCAGUCUAGUUUGUGCUUUAGUGGUUCUUUUGGUGACCCGUGGUGGCGGUUUGACUUUGUGGGGUUUUAGCUUUACCCAGCAUGUAGAGCAAUUAAACAAUUAUUUUCAUUAUUUACUAAUCUUAUGAUUAUUAUCUCUUUUAACACAUGUAUUGAUUGGUCUAUUAAACAUAAGAAAAUAUUGAAAAAUCCAAACCCAAACCCCAAAGAUGUAUAACUCUUUCAGGUGGUGAUGAUUUAGUGUUGUGAGACCAGGUUCUACUGGCCCUGUUCACUGCCCCUGAUUCACCUGUUGUAUAAAAGAUACAGCUUUUCCACUGCAUGCAGGCUCUAUGUCAACAUACUGUGUCAUUGUCUUUUCGUCUGUGACCCAUUAGCAUUCAACUUCACUAAUACAAAUGUUUUCAAACUGUUAUCUCUAUGCCCUCUGAAUAUAUAGAUUUAGUAAAAUUUAGUAGAGUAACAGCAAAAUCAGGAGUGCUUAACAGGGUCUGGACAAAAAGUAAUUAAAAAAAGUUUGAGCAGAAACAUAAAUAUAGAGAAUAGAAAUAUUUCUGUAAAUAAAAAGCAGUUGUCAUUAAAACAUAUGAUAUUAUUUAAAGUAUGAGUGAUUGUGGUGAGAUUCCUGGUAUGCGUGUAGUGUAGUGUAGUAAUAACCAGUUGGUUUUGGACAAGUGAACUUUGCCUCAUCCUUGACAACCUUGGCAGGUCAAAUUAAACUUUCAGAAUAUACCAGCAACAUUGGCACCUCAGGUGAACUCAAGAGUGCUUACAUCAUGGUUUUCAAGUGCAUUUCUAUGUUUGUGACCUUUGCUCUUGCAGUAUUUGUAUUUGUUAUUCAUUCAGCCCAUCUGCCUAGCGUUGCGCUCCAUAGUAGUUGGACGCCAUGGCUUUGAACAUCCCUGGUGUGGUUGCGGUGGUGCUGUUCUACACCCUUAUUCUGGCAACAGGGGUGUUUGCCGCCCGAAAGUCCAGGAAGGCUGAGAGGAAGAGCCAUGGAAACAGGACCGAAGUGGUGCUCCUCGGAGACAGAAAUAUCAACUUGGUGGUUGGGAUUUUCACCAUGACUGCUACAUGGGUUGGAGGUGGUUUUAUCCUAGGUGUGGCUGAGGCAGUGUCCUCUCCUAAAAUGGGUUUAAUAUGGGCUCUUAUGCCCAUACAGUACUCAGUGUCCUUCAUCAUAGGUGGUCUUUUCUUCGCUAAGCCAAUGAGGGACAAGAAAUAUAUCACCAUGAUGGACCCAUUCCAGGUUAAGUAUGGCAAAGUACUGAGUGGUGCUCUGGUACUGCCUGCUCUGCUGGUGGAUGUGCUGUGGGUGUCCUGCACUCUGCUUGGCUUGGGAGCAACGAUGAGUGUGAUAUUGGACUUGCCUUACUCCUAUUCUGCUUGGAUCUCGUCAGCUGUAGCCAUCAUCUACACUUUGUUAGGAGGCCUUUAUUCAGUGGCCUACACUGACAUCAUCCAGCUCUCUCUAGUAUUCCUCAGUCUGUGGUUGUGUAUCCCCUUCCUUCUGCUCAACCCCAGUUCUACAAACAUUGCCCAGACUGCUUUUAACCAUACAUUCCAAGAACCCUGGGUUGGCACUCUGGAGCGGGACAACAUCUGGAAGUGGAUUGAUGACUUUUUAAUGCUGGGUCUCGGUAGUGUUUCAUUUCAGACCUUCCACCAGAGGACGCUGUCUGCCUCCUCAUCAGUAACAGCUCAGUUGACCUGCUUUGCUGCUGCAAUUGUCAUUGCCAUACUGGGAAUUCCCCCUGUCUUGGUUGGAGCUGUUGCCGCUUCCACAGACUGGAACCUGACUCUCUAUGGUUCUCCAGCUCCAUAUAUGCGUGGUGAACAGAGUUUGGUCCUGCCCCUGACCCUACAAUACCUCACUCCGUCUUACAUCUCAAUCAUUGGAAUCGGAGCUGUGGCCGCUGCAGUCAUGUCAUCCAUUGACUCUGCCCUGUUGUCUGCAACCUCUGUUUUCUCUUCAAACAUCUACAAAAACAUCCUGCGUAAACAGGCAUCAGACUAUGAAAUGCAAUGGGUGAUUCGAGUCACAGUGGUGGUGGUGGGUCUGGUUGGGACAUCCAUAACAUUCUACACCAACAGCACCCUGGUCCUCUGGAUUCUUGGAGCAGAUGUUUCCUACACUCUUAUAUUCCCCCAUUUGGUCUCUUUGCUCUUCUUUAAAGUGACAAAUGGCUAUGGUGCCACAGUGGGUUACAUCACAGGGCUGACUGUAAGGAUUUUGUUGGGAGAAAAUGCUGUAGGUCUCCCUGUUGUUCUUCAUCUUCCUGGUUGCACACUGGAAGAUGGCAUCUAUAUCCAAAAAUCCCCUGUCAGGACAGUCUCCAUGUUCUGCACUUUGGUAACCAUCUUAGUUUUUUCCUUUCUGGCUUUGUUCAUGUUCAACCAUGGCCUGUUGCCUGAGAGCUGGGACCUUUUCAAAGUGAAACGUAAUGUUACUGUAUCACCAGUGGAUGUCACACAGAACCUCAACGAGGAAGCUGAAAGUGAGACAGAAUGUGAUGAAAACAGACACGGAGUUGCAUUACAGCCAAUGUUGCAGAAUGGAUUGUAACCCUUUGUUUUUCCUUUUGUUGCUAGCCUACAUUUUAUAUGAUCUUAAUAAUUGUGUAUAGAAAUUGCGAGUUAUAGUUGUCUUAUUCUGACCUGCUAACAAACUGCUAAUAGUUGCUAAUGAGGUAUUUCACAUUCUUAACCUUUUCUUUCACUGCAUAUGUAUAUUGUACAUAUUUGUUUGAUUCUUUAAGACAAGUUAUAUGAAAAAGUCAUUGCGUGGUGAAAAGGGGAUAUAUGUUGUGUGUGUGCCUCUGUCUGUUGUGUAGCUAGGAGAAUGGCUUUGAGCUUAAAACGAUCCUAAUAAACAAAUACAUUCAUCUCAAAAAACAGUAGAAAUCAAAACAAAGAUAUCAUACUUUUAAAAAGUUAAUGAGUGAGCAACAUAUGGUAUGACUAACAUAGCAAUUCAAGCUCCAAACCACAACAACAUAUACAAAGAAUAUAACAUGCACAUGGCUGCUCUGUGUGUAGUUGCUCUUGCUAAUACUGGCUGUCUGGUCUGUGCCUUCAAACUGCUAUAUUCCAAUACAAGGGAAAGCCACAACUAACCAAACUACAGUAUAAUUAAAGAAAAACUUAAAGCUGCAGCCACAAAAUCAAAAUGUAUGUCUGCACAUGAAUUAUCUAUUUAAUGUUUUUUAUUAUCUAGUUGUGGCCUCUAUGUAUUUCACCUGGACAAUGCAAUGUAUAAUUACAUUACAUCCAAUGCAUGGAUGUAAUGUAAUUAUACCAAUAUAUUAUACAGCUACCCAUCAAUACAUAUACUUUGUAUACUACAUUAUACUUUUAUUGUACUAUUAUUAGGAUUAUACUAGUAUCAAAAUGUAUGCAGCUUAUUUUUAUGUAUUUUUAACUUUUUCCUGUAUUGUGUUACUUGUUAAUUGUACUACCCUGCGUCCCUCUGCAAAUUGCCCCUCGUGUACAAUACCUGGCUUACAUUAUACUUGGAGUGUAGACAGUGUUGUGUUAAAAUUAACUGUGUGAAAUCACAAUUUCCAAAUUGCCAAUUGGGUGUACCACAAAGCUCAAUAUUGGGUCCUUUGCUCUUCUGCUUAUGUGGGUGUCACAUUUAUGCAAAUAACACAAUCAUUUAUGUAACAGCAGAAACUCCUCAGCAGGUUGCAGAACUCUUAAUAGGCACCUAGUCUGUGUCUCCCAGUAGCUGCUUUGUAACGUUCUCAAUGUGCUUUUCAUUUAAGAGAAAAGUGUUGGAUAGAUUUAUGGUCAAUAUUCGCCCAAAGAAAAUUGAGGAAGUACCUUGGUGUCAUUUGGGACUUUCAACUUAAAUUUGAUGCAUAUAUUAGGAAAUUGUCCAAGACUAUCUAAACCAAUUUAAACUUUUUGUUUUAUAAGACCAUGUAUCUCCCUCAAAACACCUCAAAUGUAUAUAUAUAUGCAUGCCAUGAUUUUAAUCACAUAUAUCCUACUGUGUGAUUAUCUGGUGCCAGGCCUCCCAACCAGUAAUCAAGCCUAAUGUCACUUUACAAACAAACCGUUAAGAUGAUGGAUUAGAGACCAAUGAAAGGACACCAUUGGCUAAUUAUUCAAAAAUAUAAUUUGAUGGCCAAGAGAAAACCUGUAAAAAAAGUAGAGUGGGUUGUCCACUAAUUGGAAGAUUGGCAGUUCGAUUCUUGGCUUCUCCAGUUCGCAUGUCAGAGUGCCCUCGGGCAAGAUUCUGAACCCCCUAUUGCUCCUAAUGGCUGUGCCAUCAGCGUAUGAAUGUGUGUGUGAAUGAGUGAAUGUGGCUUGCAGUGUAAAAGCGCUCUGAGCUGUUGGAAGACUAGAAAGGCACAGUCCAUUUACCAUUUACCAUUCAUAAAAACAGUAAUUGAAGUUUUCUUGCCCCAGAUAUAAUAAGAAUAUAAGGUUUUCACUACACAAGUGACACAAAGGCUUAAACAACAACAAAAACGUGAACACUGAAAUAAAUAAAAUUGAAUUCACUUGUCACAUCUAUACAUUGUUCCAUACUGUAUGUUAUUACUCUCAUAGAUAUGCUGUCACAUCUACAGUGUAUUCAAAUGUAUACACAGUCAUGUACAAUAAACACACAGACACA